CUUCCCUUCCCCCCGGAAAACGCCACAUCUGACAGGGACGGAGACAGAGACCACUAAAGGGGAGUGUAAUCACCGACCUCAAGAUGCUGGCACUAAUAAAUCGGCUUUUGGACUGGUUCAAGUCUCUGUUUUGGAAGGAGGAGAUGGAGCUGACGUUGGUCGGUCUGCAGUACUCCGGAAAAACAACUUUUGUAAACGUGAUUGCUUCUGGGCAUUUCAGUGAAGAUAUGAUCCCUACAGUCGGGUUCAACAUGAGGAAAGUUGCUAAAGGAAACGUCACCAUCAAGAUCUGGGAUAUAGGAGGACAGCCAAGGUUCAGGAGCAUGUGGGAGCGGUACUGUCGGGGUGUUAAUGCAAUUGUGUACAUGGUUGACGCAGCAGAUCGAGAAAAGGUGGAGGCAUCCAGAAACGAGCUUCACAAUUUAUUAGACAAACCACAAUUGCAAGGCAUUCCAGUUUUGGUACUUGGUAACAAAAGGGAUCUACCCACCGCUCUAGAUGAAAAGCAGCUCAUUGAGAAAAUGAAUCUGGCAGCUAUUCAAGACAGAGAGAUAUGCUGUUACUCCAUUUCCUGCAAAGAAAAAGACAACAUUGAUAUCACACUUCAGUGGCUCAUUCAGCACUCAAAGUCCCGCAGAAGCUGAAAAUGCAGGAGUUGUUUUUCCAACUGUAUUUGCCAUGUUUUUGUCACAUCCUUACCAUCCUGCAGUGAUGUAUAGCCGCAUCUUCACGUCAUGAGCUGCACUAUUCUGCUUGUGUCACAUUUUUUUUAAAGAAUAUUUUUCUGUGAUCAUUUCACAAAUCAAUACAAUGCACUACUAAAAAAAAAAUCUGUUACCAGUUAUAAGAAAUGUAUUUGGCAUUAUACAUCUUGUGAAUCUGUACUUUAACCAAGAGAGAAAAGAUGUCUACUGAUCCACCUUUUAUUCUGCAGGCAUUAAUCAACUCAUCAUACCCAGUGGUUUAGAACAUAACUUUAUAUUGGGUUUCCAACGACACCCUGUCUCACAGGCCGCACAUAAUGAGAAAAGUUGUUCACACAGUCAGGGUAUGAUGCUUGAAGAUGGCUGGUAAUGGGGGUGAAAGCUGUACUCUGUGACUGUCUUUGAUGACUGUCACUUUUUGCUUGAACAAAACAUGACUAUUGUUUUAGAAAAUUGUGCAUUAAGUCUAUUAGGCAGGUCUGUACAAAAAUCAAUCUAGUAUGAUUUUUACCAAUGUGGGAUGUGUGUGUAUAUGAAUAUAUGAUUCUAUUUAAAGUCUGAAUGUACUAAAAGUAAAACUGUACAGGAUUGUGUGGUUCAUAUUAGCCUUUGUAAAAUAGCCCCAGUUAAAAAUAUGUCUUUUGUGCUGCCUUGAUGCUGAGAGAGUGGUAGAAUUUAAAGUGCCUUGUGCAGUGUCUCUCAUCUAUGAAGCAAAGCAGCAUGAAAGGUGUGACUACUUGGACAGAGUUAAAAACAACACACACACACAUAUAUAUAUGAUAAGAUAUAUAAAAUAUAUAUAUAUCAAAUUAAAUGGCAUGCUUUUUAAUUUAGACGCGACUCUGUUAUUUGUACUCUAUUUAAAUUAUUUGCAUUCUUUACUAUUUUUCAAGCUGUAUAUAUUGAAAAUAACAGUUUAUGUAAAAAUAUCUGAACACUGAUGGACGGUAUGCAACUUCACUAUAAAGAUAUGGUAUUAUACAUAAGCACAGUAUAUCUCUUAAAUACUUAACGGGUAGGGAAGCACUUCUGCUCUCAUUGACCUCUGAUUGACAUUUGGUGGCACACGUGGGGGAUCACAGGCCACUAAAUAAACAAGAGGUAUUGCCAAAUUCAAAGACUUUUUUUCGGUACAGGUACGUCCAGAGGGCUGUGCACAUGUAUAGUAAUUACACAAAUAGUGUUACUGUUGUAUAUGGUACAACGUAAUAUGAUGCAUUGUUGAAAAAAAAUCUUUGAGACACUAAUUAUUUUAGAAGACAGCAGGUGUUUAAGUGUAGUGAUGAGAAAUUCACAGGUUCCCUGAAUUUGCUGUAACCACCCCUGUCUAGUGCUUUUGGUCUUUUAUUGGGAGUAGAGUUCCUUGAGCCUAUGAAAUUGUUUGCAUAUAUUGUUUUUACAUUUUAACUUUGGGUUCUAAAUAAGUCAGCUACGUAAACUGUAACAUAUUCAUUUUGACAAGUGUCAGCGUGCUUGCAGUGUCAAUGGUUAUGGAUAAGGGGACAUUCAGUAGAUGAACACUGCCUUUUUUUUUCUUUUUACUUUUUAACUAAAAAAAGUGUGGCCCAUAAUCCAUAAACAAUCAAUAAAUCCAGUACUAUUGGGAGCUUUUUUGGAAAGUGCUCUCAUA